UCUCCCCCAAAAAUCCCCCCUCCCCUCCUCGCGCGCCUCGGAUUCCCCCCCGCUUCGCCGGCGCCGGCCGCCCCCCGACACGGCCGACCGAGGAUCCGGAGGCUGCGGAGAGGACAUCGGCAGGAGGGGGAGGAAGGAGGAAGGAGAGGAAGGGGAGGAGGCCCGCGCUGCUCGUUCGUCCAUGUCGGGCCAUCUCGAUCGCCUCGCGCGGCCAUGUUUUGAAGGAUCUUCAAGCAAUGAUGACAGGAGAGAUCACAAGUCAGAUGUUGAAAACUCUGAAGAUGACAAGAGAACAAGAAUGGGCUCUUUGAAGAAGAAAGCUAUAGAUGCAUCAACUAAGAUUAGGCAUUCGUUGAAAAAAAAGAAGAGAAGGAGCGGCAGUCGUGUCCUUUCUGUGUCUAUUGAAGAUGUGCGUGAUCUAGAGGAGCUGCAAGCAGUUGAAGCAUUUAGACAAGCAUUAAUUUUGGAUGAGCUGUUGCCUGCAAAGCAUGAUGACUAUCAUAUGAUGCUGAGAUUUCUAAAAGCAAGGAGAUUUGACAUCGAGAAAGCAAAGCAAAUGUGGACUGACAUGCUUAAAUGGAGGAAUGAGUAUGGUACAGAUACAAUUGUUGAUGAUUUUGAUUACAGUGAAUUAGAGGCUGUUCUGCAAUACUAUCCUCAUGGUUAUCAUGGUGUUGACAAAGAUGGGAGACCUGUUUAUAUUGAAAGGCUUGGUAAGGUUGACCCCAACAAGCUUAUGCAUGUAACAACAAUGGACCGGUAUGUACGAUAUCAUGUGAAGGAAUUUGAGCGGAGCUUCUUGAUAAAGUUUCCAGCAUGUUCUCUUGCUGCAAAAAGGCACAUCGAUUCAAGCACAACAAUUCUCGAUGUUCAGGGUGUGGGAUUGAAAAAUUUCAGCAAAACUGCACGUGAACUAAUCAUCCGACUGCAAAAAAUUGACAACGAUAACUAUCCAGAGACCCUAUAUCAAAUGUUUAUUGUCAAUGCUGGUCCGGGUUUUCGGCUCUUAUGGAACACUGUAAAGUCAUUUCUAGACCCCAAAACCACUUCCAAGAUACAUGUUCUCGGAAACAAAUAUCAAAAUAAGCUGCUUGAAGUAAUUGAUGCUAGGGAAUUGCCAGAAUUCCUUGGUGGCACUUGUACCUGUCCUGAAUAUGGAGGGUGCCUUAAAGCUGAAAAAGGACCAUGGAAGGACCCAAACAUACUCAAUAUAGUCCUUAGUGGCGAGGCUCAGUGUGCUCGACAAAUUGUAACUAUUUCUAAUGGAGAGGAAAAGAUCAUAUCUUAUGCCAAGUCCAAGUACCACACAAUACGAGGGAGUGAUACAUCCACUGCCGAGUCUGGAUCUGAAGCUGACGAUGUUACUUCUCCAAAGGCCCUGAGAAGUUAUAUCUCCCAUCCUAAGUUGACCCCAGUCCGUGAAGAGGUCAAAAUGGUUAGAGCCACUAGCUUCUCUACACGCAUGCCUGAAUAUGAUGUUCCUGUCGUUGACAAGGCUGUAGAUGCAACAUGGAAGAGAGAGAUGCCUCGAAUGCCAGCUUUCUCAUCCAAAGACUCUUCUUUGGCAAGCACCGAGAGGUCAUCCAACGGUUCUUGGGACCGGAUGGUUGCAGUUUUGGUGGCCAUUUUUAUGGCUGUCGUUACACUAGUGCAAUCAGUCAAAUAUCUCGCGACAAAGAGAUUGCCAUAUAAAGACGAGUCAGAGCAACAGUGCUCAACAUUAUAUCCAGACUCUAUGCCAAAAGAAGAGUUCCGACCACCUUCACCAACGCCUGCGUUUGUUGAAGCUGAACUGUUUUCAUCGGUCUUGCAAAGGCUCUCAGAGCUUGAAGAGAAGUUCGUGAUGCUUCAAGAAAAGCCUUCAGAGAUGCCUUGCGAGAAAGAAGAGUUGCUUAACGCUGCUGUCCGCCGUGUGGAUGCACUGGAAGCUGAACUUAUUGUAACAAAGAAGGCGCUGCAUGAGGCCCUUAUCAGGCAAGAGGAACUACUAGCGUACAUCGACAGCAAGGAGGUUGCCAAGGCUCAGAAAAAAAAGAAGGGGAUGUUUUGCUACUAGCAUCGGGUUCUACUUUCUGACAGCCAAAAAGAUGGCCUUUGAGAUGUUGUAAUCGGCAGAGCCCUCUGCUCAAUCUCCUGUAAAAUGUGAGACGACAGACGUCCGGUGUAAAUCGACAAAAUUCUGACAUAAAUAAAUGUGUUUUUUUGCCACCGAGUUC